AUGUGUGGCUGUGGCACUGAGUUGUACUUCAUGUCAGUCUUCACCCAUGUGAAGCUCCUCUUCGGUGACUGUUGUGAGGACCUAGCAGACUGCAAACCAGGAUUUGAUGAGCCAGUGAGCCAGAUAAAGGUGAAGAGGCGAAGGCUGGUCAAAUCCUUGGAAGACCUCUGCUCCCAGUAUGAUCUGACAGUGCGGAGCUCCACUGGUGACAUCAUCCAGUUCAUCUACGGAGGAGAUGGCUUAGAUCCUGCCGCCAUGGAGGGCAAAGAUGAGCCUCUGGAGUUUAAAAGGGUUCUGGACAACAUCAAAGUGAGAUGCAGCACUCUGUUGAGGGGCCGUGGUGUGUGUCACACCCAGGGAAAACAGCAAGAGCUCCAUGUAUUAUGUGCUGCAGUUUCUGAAAAAGGAUCUACCCAAGGGGCCUCCAAGGAGCCACCACCCACUCCAACCCGCCUUACAAAGAAGCAAGUGAAGCAGAAGGUGGAGAGCUUGACCACUCAGCUCCAGGUGAUGACCGCCCAACGGAAUGAUCUGAGAGAUCGCCUCAUCUUAGUAACAGAAGGAUCCUUGGACAACAGGCCCUACCACAGGCCAAAUCCUUUCUAUGAAAAGCUCAAGAUGGAACAUCAGCAGGUCAUGUCAGACCUGCGGAAUUUCGAGAAUGAGAAUUGGGAGGCCUCACAGAAGCUCAGUGAGCUGACCAAAGAGAAAGUUUUCCUUUGUGAUCUGCAGAGCUGGCUCCUGAUGGAGCAGAGUCAGCUCAAAAAGAAGUUGGACAUGCUGAGGCAAGAGAAGGAGAACCUACUGGAGGAUUGGGUCCUGCUGAAACAACACUUGGGUGACUUGCAAGUGCUCAGUAAGGAUGAAGAAGAGAGCAGUGACCUCCAGAACCAGCAACAGGAGGAGCAGCAAAGAAUGGAAGAGAGACUCCAGAGCUUGCUGAAGCAGAGGGAGCUGGUCACACAACAAAAACACCUGGCAUUAAAGCUGCAGCAUCAUUUGACUGUUUCCCAGAUGAGGUCAGAAAAUCUCCAACAUGAGCUGGAACAAUCCACAGCUCAGGAUGAGAGCCUCCUGACCACAGAGCUGCUGUAGCAGGAGCACUAAAUGUCAUAAUGACUCUUUGGACAUGAUUCUGAAGAGCAAGUUCAAAGCCCGGUGUACCAGAUCCUCAGUGAAUCCGAAAGUGGAAGAUAAAAUGAGACUGUCGUCUUGGAGUUUACUAACAACAGCUCCUGGAACCUGGAUCUCUUAGCUGUACUCACCAAGGCCUGGUACUGAAAGUUAUUAUUGUCCUCCUAACAUAUCUAAAGACCCAAAAAUGAUGAUAAAUGACAGAGAAUAUAUCUCUGUGGACAAGAAACAGUGUCUGUUUCUUGAUCAAACUACAUCACAGUAUUUACAUCUAUCAGAGCCAGCUUGCCAGAAGAGGUUAAAGAGCAGGAUUGGAAACUUUUUGGAAGUCCAGAAGACCCAGCAAUGAAGAUACUUGAAAUAGAAUCUGUACUUCUGAGAUUUCCUCCUGGGGACAAGAGUGACUAUGUUGAUGGAGGAAAAGUAUACACUGGGUUGGACAGCCCCAUAAAAAAUGAAACAACAAAUAUAGUUUGUGGGCUUUCUGGAAAAACUGGAUUUAAUGCCUGUCUUGUAGAAGACCCACUACCUAGUACCUCUGAAGGAAAAAACACACUCCACGGAAAUCCCCACUAAUUUGAAAAGUACUCUUCAAUAAAGUAACUCAACCAAGACAAAACUAAACCUGACUGAGGAUAUAAAACUGUCCUUUUCCAGUUUCCCUCUGAGGACUCAAAGAAACACAGACCCAAUGUUGCAACACAGUAUUCAUUUCUCAACCAGUACUUCAGAGAAAGAUUAAAGGAGAGGAUGAAAGAAGGUACUGAAAACUCUGUAUCUGAUGCUUCUGAUGAAGAACCACUACCUAGUACCUCUAGAGGAACAACACACACAACACUAAUUUGAAAAGUGCUCUAUGUCAUGAUGAGGAGAAAGAUGAACAUGGAAGGUCUCUCUCUGGUGAUGUCAAGAGUUUCCAGACAGAAGAACUCAGCCUUGAAGAUACCCAUGCACCUUCCUGUUCUCUUAGUCUCAGGAAUACCCUUGUUAGUCUUCCCAGCUUCAACCACAAAUAAUUUAGAGAUGGAAAUAACAGACCUUAAUCCAUCCAUGGUUUUAACAUGAAUGAGAAUUCUAACACUAACAUAAAAUUAUAAUAACAACUGUAGUAAUGAGGACACUGGACGUCUUUAGGGUGGAAAUAAUAUUUUAUGCAUGUAAACAAAAAUAUAAGUAAUUGGAAAUUUGAUAUUAGUCAUAUGCCUAAAUCUAGUAAACCCAAAGUUCAGUCAGUGGUUUACACAUCUCAAAGCAGUGAGUCAGGUGACUGAAAUAAAAAAAGACACCAUAUUUCUGUAGCUAAAGAUGUAUGUACAAGAACAACUGAACCUUGGAUUUUUUUUUAUCUCUUCUGAUUUUACUUUAAAUGUUUCAGAAAUCUGUCCAGGUUUGCACUUUUAUUUAGUGCAUUGAGAAUUUCAUAUGAUGCAUUUUGAUCAUAUCCUACUGCUCUUCCCUGAUUAAAUCCUCCCUCCCUGCCUACU